CAACGUUAACCGACGACACAGCGAACUCCGAUUACAGCAGCAGCCGAAUUAACAAUGAACAUAUGUUAGUGCUCAGAGUAAAAAAUCACUUGGCAGAUAGCUGAAGAUGCACACAAACACGUGCCACUGCAGCUGCCCAAAAGGUUCUGCUGAAACGCAAGUAAAGAAUAUCAAACAGAUGCUGGAGGAGAAUACCAAGGAACUAACCGACACCAAGCUUAUACUACAUCACAUUGAUGCCACAAACGAACGAAUUAAGGCCAGUAUAGAACAGCAGCGCUCCUGGCUGGAGUCCAUUAAAAAUAUUGAAGGUUUGCUGGCAAAACUGAAUCUAUUUAUUGAUGCGCAAGGCGCUGUUGUCCAGGAGGCUUUUAACAAUAUAACGCUCAAGUCUGGACUACAUGCGGAGCGUGUGUCUAAGGAGCUAGGCGGCCUGGUACGCCUGCAGAUCUCCACACAACAACAGAUCAACGGCCUGGAACAAAAGCUGGAUUCCCACCAGAAGCAUGUGCUCCAGAGUGCACGGAGCAUUGACAAUAACAUACUGGAGCUCACCAAACUGAUAACUCGAGCCGUUUUACCCCAGCUCAAUGGACUGCAGUGCUCCUUCGAUAGUCUGGAGACAUCACAAAUCAACAUAGAGGUAGAGCUCAAGAGUUUGACACGUGUCAAGGACAUUAGUGAGGAUUCCAAACGCAAGCUGAAGGUACUGGGCGACCAACUGGUCAGCUUGAAUCGCACCCAGAACGCACGUCUUGCAGUCCUCACGCACGCUCUGACCCAUCUAAAGCCUCUGAAUACCUGGCAAAUUGAGCACGCACUACGCGAGCUCAUCAUUUCCCAAAAACGCAUUGAAUUGGAUCUGGAGGCUUGCGAGAGACGGGCAUCGCCGCAUUCCGCCUCCUAUUCAGCCUAUGAGAUUAAAUCCCAUGCACCACCACCGCCACGUGCUCAGUCCAGCAAGCAGUGGGAUCUGGAGCAUGUCUGGAACGCCGAGGAGCAAAACCAGCAGAAUGCGCACGGUAGUCCCAGCCAUUUAGUUGCGCCAACUGCCCGCAAGCCCGCUGGCUCAAGCUUCGUCUCCUGGCAGCAGCCUCUACCGUGGGAAGCUGUUUCCCCCUACCAAUCCGCUCCAGCGCCCAAGCCCAAGCCCAAUCCACUAGCAUGGCCAACAGAACCACACUAUCUGUCCGCUCCAGCGCCCGCGCCUAAGCCCUAUCAAACUGGUUCGGGUCAUAGAAGACCCACAGCAAACCAGAAGCCAUGUGCCCAGGACCAAAGGCCACACAGUCCACCGCGGCACUCCGCUCCCGCUAGCUAUGGACCACCAGCUGCACCAGCAGAGUCUUAUUCCCAGCAAGGCAAUAAACCUGGUCGAGCCACGCCCCAGCAAAGCCAUGCUCCCUGGUACAGUGCCCACUCCCCAUCCAACGGCUACUAAGGCCCAUCAGCUUCAUGUUUUGUGAAGUUUGCAAUUAUUUAAACUAAUAGAUAUAGCCCAAAUAUACAUAUGUACAGCCAAAUUUUGUAGUCAAAUGUUAUAGAACAUAUAAUAAAUUAUAUAAA